CAUCUGUCUACCCACAUACAUACGCAGAGAGAGAGACAAGUACAGGCAGUGAAACUCGACGAGACCAGCCAUGGUAGCAAGGGCUCAGCCUGAUCGGAAACAAUUACCGCUGGUCCUACUGAGAUUGCUUUGCCUUCUCCCUACAGGGCUGCCAGUCCGCAGCGUGGAUUUUACCCGAGGUACCGAUAACAUCACCGUGAGGCAGGGGGACACAGCCAUCCUCAGGUGUUAUGUAGAAGACAGAAGCUCCAAGGUGGCCUGGUUAAACCGUUCCGGCAUCAUUUUUGCUGGAGAGGACAAGUGGUCCCUGGACCCUCGAGUAGAGCUGGAGAAGAGAAACCCCCUGGAAUACAGCCUGCGAAUCCAGAAAGUGGAUGUCUACGAUGAAGGGUCCUAUACGUGUUCAGUGCAGACACAGCAUCACCCCAAGACUUCCCAGGUUUACUUGAUCGUGCAAGUUCCACCAAAGAUCUCCAAUAUCUCCUCGGACAUCACCGUGAAUGAGGGCAGCAACGUGACCCUGGUUUGCAUGGCAAAUGGGCGUCCUGAGCCUGUCAUCACCUGGAGGCACCUCACCCCAACAGGAAAGGAGUUUGAAGGCGAGGAAGAGUAUCUGGAGAUCCUAGGGAUCACACGAGAGCAAUCGGGCAAGUACGAAUGCAAAGCUGCCAACGAGGUUGCUUCAGCAGACGUCAAGCAAGUCCGGGUCACUGUGAACUACCCUCCCACCAUCACAGAGUCCAAGAGCAAUGAAGCGGCCACGGGACGACAAGCCUUACUCCGGUGUGAGGCAUCAGCAGUGCCCACACCUGAUUUCGAGUGGUACAGAGAUGAUACCAGGAUAAACAGCGCCAACGGUCUGGAGAUAAAGAGCACAGGGAGCCAGUCUCUGCUGAUGGUGGCCAACGUCACUGAGGAACACUACGGGAACUACACCUGCGUGGCUGCCAACAAGCUGGGAGUCACAAAUGCCAGCCUAUACCUUUACAAACGAGUUUUACCCACACUCCCCAAUCCUUUUCCAGGACCCGGCACAGGGAGAGUAGACAACGGCUCCAUGAGUUUGGCCGUCCCACUGUGGCUGCUGGCAGCAUCCCUGCUCUGCCUACUCAGCAAAUGUUAAUACAAAUCAGAAUUAAAAAUAAUAAUAAUAAUAAUAAUAAUAA